GGAAGCGGGGGAGGAAGGACUAUGACGGGCCUGGAGUGGGGGCGGGGGGCUGCAGAGCCCCCGGGUUAGGAUCGUUUGUAGGCGGCUCUCACGCGUGUUAGCUGCCGGCGGGGGUGGGGGAAUGACUGGGGAGAGCCCGCCUGGCACCGCGGGACAGCUGGGCUUUACAGAGCCGUCGCACCGCGUUCUCCGGGCCUCCCUUAACUUCCUGGGGGCCUGUUCCCCGCUAAUAGCGGGGUGCUGCCUGUAGCGUCUUACUCCUCUUCACGAGAUCGGGGGCUACAGAUGGGCUGCAGCACAAAGCUCACUGAUGGGGGCUUCAGCUGUGGUUGACUCACUCCCCUCACUCUUGAAAGUGAGGCUUUGUUCCGAAAAGGGACAGGCGGUGGCAGAUCUGCCACCUGUAUACGUCAAUGUCUGAGACGCUGACUUUAGGGCUAAAAUGCGCUCUUGCUGGCUUGAAUUUUGCUAGCCUGGCAAGGCAGUGCAGUUGAUUGUAAGGUGAAGUCUUGUCUAGCUUGUGUGCCACUAGUAUUGCUAAGGGCAUUCCAGUUGCAGGGCCAGAUCUUCUCAGUGUAAUAACGUCUAAAGCUGUUUUGAAGUGUGGGGGGGAGGAGGGGAGUUUGCACAGGUCUAAGGGGCAGCAUUUGGUCUUGCAGAGCCUGUUAUUAUUGCUGGUGCUUACAGGCAAUUUGCAAGAAACUGGGGAUUGCUUGAUGAACUUUAAAAACAACAUACUGCUAUAGUAGCUGCCACAAAAUAAAGCUAAAAGUUUUAGAAUUCAAGAGGGUUUGACUUCUGGAAAAUGAGGGCGCUGUAGUUAAAGUACAUGGAUCAAGCGAGCCCAGAAUUGUCUAUUAUAGGGCUUCUUGCAACUUUCUUAAGCAUGUAGUGUUUGCCACUAUUCCAAUAGGGAUACUAGAUUGGAUGGACUAUUAGCCUGAGUUGGUCUCACAAUUCUUAUGAUCUUAUGUAACCCAUCUAGACGCUUAUAUCUUAGGUCGCACCGCAAGUUCUCAGCUCCCAGACAUGGAUCCCUGGGCUUUCUGCCCCGCAAACGCAGUCGUCGACAUCGGGGCAAAGUGAAGAGCUUUCCCAAGGAUGACCCCAGCAAACCCAUUCACCUCACUGCCUUUCUUGGGUACAAGUCUGGCAUGACCCACAUUGUCCGGGAAGUGGACAGGCCUGGAUCCAAGGUGAACAAGAAGGAAGUGGUAGAGGCAGUCACUGUGGUAGAGACUCCUCCCAUGGUCAUUGUGGGCAUCGUGGGCUAUGUGCAGACUCCCCGUGGCCUCCGCACCUUCAAGACUAUUUUUGCUGAGCACAUCAGUGAUGAGUGCAAGAGACGCUUCUACAAGAACUGGCACAAGUCCAAGAAGAAGGCCUUCACCAAGUAUUGCAAGAAGUGGCAGGAUGAGGAGGGCAAAAAGCAGCUAGAGAAGGAUUUCAGUAGCAUGAAGAAGUACUGCCAGGUUAUCCGGGUCAUAGCUCACACUCAGAUGCGUUUGCUUCCGUUGCGGCAGAAGAAGUCUCACCUGAUGGAGAUCCAAGUGAAUGGUGGCACCAUUGCUGAGAAAGUGGAUUGGGCCCGGGAGAAGCUGGAACAGCAGGUUCCUGUGUCAACUGUCUUUGGCCAAGAUGAGAUGAUAGAUGUCAUUGGAGUCACGAAGGGCAAGGGAUACAAAGGGGUCACCAGCCGCUGGCAUACCAAAAAGCUGCCCCGCAAGACCCACAGGGGUCUGCGGAAAGUAGCCUGCAUUGGCGCUUGGCAUCCUGCUCGCGUGGCUUUCUCUGUGGCCCGAGCUGGUCAGAAGGGAUACCACCAUCGCACAGAAAUUAAUAAGAAGGUCUACAAGAUUGGCCAAGGUUACCAAAUCAAGGACGGAAAGCUGAUCAAAAACAAUGCAUCAACUGACUACGAUCUGUCGGACAAGAGCAUUAACCCUCUGGGUGGUUUUGUCCACUAUGGUGAAGUGACCAAUGAUUUUAUCAUGUUGAAAGGCUGUGUGGUUGGGACCAAGAAGAGAGUCCUAACUCUGCGCAAGUCCCUGCUUGUGCAGACAAAGCGUCGGGCCCUGGAGAAGAUUGACUUGAAGUUUAUUGACACAACUUCCAAAUUUGGUCAUGGCCGCUUCCAGACCGUGGAGGAGAAGAAGGCUUUCAUGGGACCACUCAAGAAAGAUCGUAUUGCUAAAGAGGAGACCGCUUAACAUCUGGAACAGUCCUGUGCACUCUGGGGUCUGCCUCAGACAAAUAAAACUAGAUAUUUUCAAAAAUA